AGAUUCUUCCCGGAAUAACGGAGGCAACAGCUAUGCGUCAUGGACCAACUGAGCAUUUCACUGGACUCGCAAACUGUCAAUGUGUUUACAAAACAGCACGUCAUCGUGUGUAGGAAACGGACAAGUCCUCGUGAUCAGUUGCUACCUGGAAAAUUAAGAUAUGCUUUUCAAUCUCUAACGUAUUCUGGCGAAAAUAAUUGCCUCGUGACAAGGUGAGCUUUUUCCUUAAUACGCGCAUAGAAAAUACGAACAACAUCAGCCAAUGAAUUCAUCACAUGCUUGAACAAACAGCCAUACAGAAGGAUGAAGAUGGGCACGCGAAUGAAGGACAAUUUCACUAACCUUUUUCCGCAGUUGGUCGUGGCAAUAUGGGGAUCGUGGGGCUAUUUUUGCAUGGGCUCCGUGCGUGGUAGAAGUUCCCCCGGAAUUCCAUCGCAAAAUAGGACGAUGGAUUUCGACAUGUCUCCAUCGGACCUGCAAUGGAUUUCUUCCUUCCCGAUGCUCGGGGCCAUACUUGGCUCUUUGUUCAUCAACAAACCGAUGGAAUAUUACGGAAGGAAAAAGGCUCUAGUUGGCCAUUACAUCGUCUUCAUUUGCGGCUUCUUCAUCUCCGGCUUCACUCAUUUCGGUGAACACAAAUCCAUGCUGUACAUUGGCCGUUUCUUGAUGGGCAUUGCUGCGGGAUGUACCACUCCCGCGGCACAAAUUUACGUGAGUGAAUGCGCGUCGCCAAGUCUUCGAGGUUGGAUGGGCUCACUGACGGCGUCUUCUUUGGUGCUCGGCGUUUGGUCGACGUACGUUAUAGGAACAUUCGUCGAAUGGCACGUCCUGGCCUGGAUUUUUGGCUGUUUACCCAUCCUCUUUCUCUGCGGUACGGUUGUGAUGCCCGAAUCUCCAGUUUGGCUUCUGUCUCACGACCGAGAACAAGAGGCUCGGCGAUCUCUUCAAUUCCUCCGCGGAAAGGGGACUAACGUGCAAGCGGAAAUCGAAAGGAUCAAGAAACACCUGGAACGCGUGGCCAACUACAACAGCCAGUCUCCUCAAGUGACGUUGACGUCUGGAUCGGUUGUCAAACCCUUGGCCAUUUCGUUGGGCAUCAUGCUGUUCCAGCAGACGACGGGAAUCAACGCCAUUGUCUUUUACACAGCCAGCAUCUUCCAGGCAGCCGGAAGUUCCAUCGACGGCAAAUACACCACAAUCAUCGUCGGUGCUGUCCAGUUAAUUUUCACUAUCGCCUCCGGUUUCCUGGCAGACAGAUGCGGAAGGCGGAUGUUAUAUUUAGUCUCGGCCAUUAGUUCUGCGGUGCCAUUGGCUGCCCUGGGAAUCUUUUUCUGCUGUCAACGUCGAUGGGGCGAUCAAGAAGCCAUUCGAUAUUUCGGUUGGUUGCCAUUCGUAUCUCUGAUCGUUUUCUUCAUCGCCUACUCGGGCGGGAUCAGUAACGUACCUUUCAUCAUCAUGGGCGAAAUGUUCCCAUUGCGAUAUCGAACGCUGUUGGGAGGCAUCAGCUCCUCUUUUCAUUUGUUUUGCACUUUCGUCAUGGUCCGAUUUUUCCCCGACAUGUUGCGAGCGAUGGGCAAAGGCGGGACCUUCUAUUUCUUCUCCGGAUGCACUUUGUUGAGCGCCAUCUUCGUCUACUUUCUUUUACCGGAGACGAAAGGCAAAACGCUGGAAGAGCUGGAACAGCUGUUCCGUUCGAACAACAUCGAACCUUACCAAAGGCAAUACUAUUUGGAAGAUACUCUUGCAACGGAAAAGAACACGAAUUGGGAGGUUGUGCUUUUGAGGCGUUCAGAAACAAAAGACAGUCACAGAACUGAAUUGCAGUUGUGUGUCAACAAGUUGGAGGUCACCCUCGAGUUCUACGAAAGCAGCGCCCAAUUUAAUUUUUCAACCAUCGACGUUGCUUAGUUGAUGGCUUUUGCUUUUUACGCCUUAACGGUAAUUUAAAGUAUUUAACGUCUGUAAACUGCCGUCCGUUUAAAACGCAAUUGUUAACAAAUUCCGGCUUGCGGCAAUGGAGGUGCUUUUCGGUUUCCUGUCUCACCUUGAUAUUCUUGAUCUUAAAAGAGCCGUACUGUAUUUUUCGUGUUUGAUGUUUUCUAUGCCAUCAACAAUGUUAAAUGUACGCUAAUCUAUUACAAAUAUCUCAUGUGAAA